AUGCAGGCGCAGCAAGUGCUGUCUCGCAAGGCGGAAUCUCCGCAGAUCGAAUUUUCGACUCAACACAUGGAAAAGACAGACGGCUCGGCGGAAGAACAGGUGGAUGCGGCAGAGCCGAAUGUGGUCUACGACAAUCCAGAAGAAGAGCCUGCCCUCCAUCUGCGAACCUGGACGGCUGUGGGUGCCUUGUUCUUCCUGAACUUGGUCCAAGUAUUUGCGCUUCAAGGCCCUCCUUCAUUUCUUGGCUACAUCGGGGCAGACUUCGAUGCUGCCGCGGUGCAAACAUGGAUUCCCGUUGCCCUCAGUCUCGUGCAGACUGUCCUCGCGCCCGUGGUAUCCUCUGCGUCCGACACUUUCCAGGCUCGGAAAUCAAUCCUCAUAGCUUCCUGCGCGGUCGCUUUCGUAGGAUCGGCCAUAGCCCCCCGGUCGGCCACCAUAUACCAGGUGAUCGCAGCCCAAAGCCUGAUCGGAGUCGGCAUGGCCGCGGUGCCUCUGGCGUACGUGGUCCCGAGUGAGAUUCUUCCCCGGAGAUGGAGACCAAUGACACAGGCUGCCAUGAAUGUCGGGGCUUGCUUAGGUGGAAUGAUGGCUCCCGUGGUCAUGGGCUUGUUUUCUAUCAACGAUCGAGCCAAAGGCUGGCGGAACUUUUAUUGGGUCCAGACAGGCCUCUGGGCACUGAGUGCCGCAGGAUUGUUGUUCGGAUACCGCCCUCUGAAGCGAAAGGGUCGCUUCGGCCAUCUUUCCUUCCUGCAAAAGGUGGGCCGAGUCGACCUGGUAGGUUGCUCCAUUCUCGCCCUGGGCAUGUCGCUGGUGAUUGCCGGUUUGAAUCUCGGAGGCGGUCUAUAUCCAUGGUCCAACUCUAGAGUCCUGGUCACGAUGAUUGUCGGGGGAGUGACUCUCGUCGCCUUCGGGCUGUACGAGCGAUAUGGCACUCAGACAGGUUUCGUCAACCACGAACUUUUCCGUGGUCGAAACGGUCGGACCAUGAUCGUCUGCAUCUUCCUCAUAGUCGUCGAAGCUCUCGUCGGUUUCUCUUACCUGAUAUUCUUCCCGGCACUCACACUCGCACUUUUCGAGCAGACCCCCAUGCUGUUGGCGGCUCGCCAGGAGGCAUACUGGGUCGGUAUCAUUUUCGGAUGCCUCUCGACGGGCUAUGCCAGCACCAAGCUCAGGACCAUUCGCGGGCCCAUGGGGUUGAGCUUUGUACUGUUGACGGGUGGAACGGUCGGAUUUGCAACCAUCCAGCCAAAGGACUCCACCACCUCGAUCGCCAUGGCCGCCUUGACAGGCCUGGGAUCCGGUGGGACUUUGAUUCUGACCCUGGCGGCCACCCAGCUCUGCACUCCGCAUCACCUGCUCGCCACUUCCACGGCGCUCGUCGCCUCGGCGCGCGGACUGUCCGCAUCAGCCUUCACCGCCGUCUACUCGGCGGCCGUGCGAAGCCGCCUCGGCUCCAAGAUUCCCGCCUACGUCGCAAGGGCUGCCGUCACCGCCGGCCUCCUGCCGGAGUCGCUGCCGGCCUUCACCGCGGCGUUCCUACAGAAUGAUGCGACGGCGUUGCAGGACGUGCCCGGGAUCACGCCGGUCGUCAUCCAGGCCGCCACGGCGGCUCUCUUGCAAGCUCAAGCCGAUUCCUUCAGGACCGUCUUCAUCAUCGCGGCGCCAUUCGGGGUGUGUGGCUUCUUGGCCUCUUGGUUCCUGGGAGGUCUGCGUGCCACGAUGAACUAUCGGGUCGAUGCCCCUGCGGAAGAGCUGCACGCGAAGCAUCAAGUGACAGUUCGACACGUUGAACAAACCGCCUAG